UCCAUUGAUAUUUGGACAUCCAAAAAAAGGCAUAUUUUUUUUUCAGUAACAAUUCAAAAUUCAAACUCUCAUGCAACCCAAUCUCAUUCCCACUUCUAAUUCCAAACUCUUUCCCACUCCCACUCCUAAUUCCAAUCUCUUUCCCAAUACCAUUCUCAAUCCCACUCCCAAUACCAUUCUCAAUCCCAUAUUUGGAAUAACCUCUUUCCAGCCCAACUAUAUUGCUCCCUAUGGCGGCGCACAAGCUCAUGCUCAGUCCUCGUGGCAACAACGUCCCGACCCUAAGGCACAGUCGACAUGGCAACAAGGUCCUGACCCUCACGCUCAGUCCACGUGGGAAAUAGGUCCUUAUUCUCAGGCUCAGUCCACAUGGCAACAAGGUCCUUAUCAAAGUUCUUACCCUUCGACUCUGUCCACGUGGCAACAAGGUCCAUACUCUCAGGCUCAGUCCACGUGGCAACAAGGUCCUUACCAAGGUUCUGGCCCUCCGGCUCAAUUCACAUGGCAACAAGGUCCUUACCCUCAAGCUCAACCCACGUUGCAACAAGGUCCUCAUGCUCAGGCACAGUCCACAUGGCAACAAGGUCCUUAUCAAAGUCCUUACCCUUCGACUCAGUCCACGUGGCAACAAGGUCACGACCGUCUGGCUCAGUCCACAUGGCAGCAAGGUCCUUACCCUCAAGCUCAGUCCACGCGGCAACAAGGUCCUUUCCAAAGUCUUGACCCACUGGCUCAAUCCACAUGGAAACAAGAUCCUUAUCAAAGCCCUUACCCUCAAGCUGAGUCCACGUGGCAACAAGGUCAUUACCCUCCCAUACUUGGAGGUGGAAGCAACUCUCAAACUCAAUCAACAUGGCAGUCAAAUCCAUAUCCUCAAUCUCAGUCCGUAAUUGGAAGUGGAAGCAACUCCCAAACUCAAUCCAUACCUCAGGCUCAGCCUAGUGCAGAAGGAGACCCAUCCUUGCAGAUCAAAAAAAAAAAGAUUGAUGAAGAAAGAAUUGCUUAUAAUCCAAAAGUGAUUAUUAGGAAGGUUGAAAGAGUCGUGGAUCCAGACAGCGAGAGCUCUUCAGUGUGCUGCGCGUGCAGUCAGCGCAUCUUCUCAACUCCCUCAAUAACAUUCUCUCGGGGCAACGAAGAAAAUCUUUUCCUGCACGAACAAUGCACCACUCUUCCACUCCAAUAUCUCCACGAGCUUCACCUACACCACCCCCUUUUCCUCAUCAACCACCUCUUGCACCCUCCUCUUCAACCUACUCAAUUUACUUGCCAUAACUGCAACCAAACAUGUGGGACUUCCUUCUAUCAAUGUCCUCACCCCACCUGUGAUUAUCGACUCGACUUGUUGUGCAUUUUGCAGCUCAAGAUCAAGCACAGAAGCCACAAGCACGCCUUGACGCUCAUCAGGCUAAAGGACUCGUGCUCUUUAACCUGUGGCGCCUGCAACAGUAAGCACGAGUCAGAAUCAGAGGCAGAGACGGAGAAGCUCAGUCUGUCCUAUUUAUGCAGCCUUUGCGGUUACUGGAUUCAUCCAGAUUGUGCUUCAUUACUCAACGCCCUCCAUUAUAAACAUCACCCACAUUCUCUUUUUCUCAUCUAUAAUCUCCCUACUUCACCUCAUUCCAAAUGCUUCAUCUGUUUUCAACAUCAUAAGGGAACCUCAGGGGUUUUUGUUUGUCUCAAAUGUACUAAUUAUCUUGUUCACAUCAACUGCGCCGUCCAAGAUCCCCAUACUUUCAAGCCAGUGCUUAUGCGAGAUGCAAAAGCCUGCGACUUAGGUCGUUUGCCAAUGGCAAACGAACACACGAGUCUGAUUCCCUAUAUUAGACAUGAUAUUAGCAGCAGCAACAGCGAUGAUGGUGACAGUGAUCCAUCUAAAAUCCAUGAACAUCCAUUGAUAUUCCAUGAAAGUGAGGAGGAUGAGAAGCAGUCUCACCGCCGCGUAUGCAAUGCAUGUGUCCAAUACGUUUCUCCCCCAUUCUACAGUUGCUCUGAAUGUCCAGAUUUCUUUCUCCACGGAUGCUGCGCUCGUCUUCCAGCGCUAAUCACGCACCCUGCCCACGCAGAGCACAACCUCGUGCUCCACUCCAAACCGCCCAAAACCGGCUUCUCCUGCAGAGGUUGCCAUCUACGCUGCAAUGGAUUCGCAUACUCUUGCGAAACCUGUGACGACUUCACGUUAGAUGUCAUCUGCGGCCUCAUCAACCCCGCGAUAACACACGAACCCCACAAGAGCACCCACAUUCUCUUCAUGUCUCGCAGCAUGAUCAUCGAUGAGAAGUGCAGCUGCUGCACCUCCAUCUUGAACGGGAUCUGCUAUGAGUGCAGCAGUUGUCCUAGCUUCAAGCUACAUGUCAGAUGCGCCAUUCUCCCCAAAACUGUUCGCCACGGCUAUGACCAGCACCCUCUUCGGCUGACUACAAAAGCCCCGGAAGGAGGUGCCAAUGGUACUGCUGAGUUCUUCUGUGAGGUCUGUGAAGAACGUAUCGACAUAGAGCGGUGGAACUACAGUUGCAGCGAGUGUGAUCAGUGGUUUCACGUUGAUUGCAUUCCCUUUAUCGAUCAGCUUUCUAGGAUCAAGUUGGGUUCUCGUGUUCGUGUGGACAUCCAUGGCUGCCCCUUGGCGCUGGUUCGACGGGAUGAUUCUGUUUGCGGCGGCCGCAAGUGUGGAUCUUGUCGAGAAACAUUGAGGAUGGGUGAUGAUGGUCUAGCUUAUGAGUGCUCCGACUGUUUCUUCGGCUUGCACCAAAACUGUGCCAACCAACAUUUGUUCAAGAGUUAUAAUGAAUCAUGUAAUUUCUAUUUUUAGUAUUUAAUAAUGAAAACGAUGCAAAUUUCUUUCA